GUCGUAAGGACUACAAGCACGUCUUUUCGGACGUGCUCUGAAUCGGCCACGCAAAUCGUGGUUAUACGCAUCUUUCGAGAAAUUUUUAAGUAAAUUACGAGUAGGGUCUUCGUGACCCACAAAAAGUCGCAAUCAUUGAUUCCGACGAAUCGACGGUGAUAAUGGGCGUCCAGGUGGAGGAGUCCAAGAUCGGCGCCAUGAUCGAUAAGGCCAAGUUUUAUACUUCGGUCUGCCUAGGCACUACAGCAAUCCUUGCGGUUUUCGCCUUUCUGUUUCUGAUCCCGUUCGUCGUCGAGCCGGCGAUAACCACCAUUCUGGCGGAUUUCUCGCCGCAUGCUGUCGCUUGCGUCACGACGGAGCACGUGUACGCGGAGGGGUUGAAGAACUGUUCGUGGGCGAGCUGCAGAGAAGGUUGUACGAGCGCUGCGCUUCGUUGUCAUCAAAUCAAAGUCAAUUACACCAGACUCCCAUACGAGGAAUUUACGGCGAAGCCAUUGGGUUCAGUAUCAUGGGACGUUACCGAUACCAAGUUCUUUGUGAACACAGAAGGAUGCGGUUACCCACCCACAGUCAACUGUACUAUUUUCGCCAAGAAAUACGCCUAUGAAAAUAUGGGAAAGAUAUUUCCCUGUUAUUACAGUAGAACACAUCCAGAGACAGUUGUCGCAAGAUAUUCGUGGGAUGAAAAUCUGAGGCAUUUGGUGUUGGCCUUGAUCGUGCCCAUAGUACUGUUCGCUACGACGCUCGGUGUGCUAUGCUACUGGUAUUGUCCGCCGAUCAACAAGACUUGCGGCGGAUCGAGUCGCAAUUUAAUGGACAAGUAUGCUAGAAAGGAAGACAUCUUGGCAGAGGACGAAUUCGAGGAAGACGAAGAGGAAUACUGACUGCUACCAAGGGCUCACCCCCCGGCACGGGAGUGAUCCCAGAAAGUAUCUCCGAAUGGCUCCAGCGUACUUUACUUUUUAAAUUUAAGCGAUCGAGCAAUAUCAUUUAGGAAAAAUUUGCAAAA